AUCUGGAAGGGACCAGCUAUUUACGGAGGCGUUGCCCGCUUGUCUACUUUUGCGACUUUUAAUCUCCGCAAACGACGCUCGCCAAUUAUAAGUUUGUUCCCGAAUGAUGCUGCCGGGUUCUCGACGACAAACUGCGUCACCGGUUUAUUUCUUAUUUUUUUGGGGGGGGGGGAGGAGGAUGAGGGCGCAGCUCUGUUGCCGAUGCCCUCGUGACGUCAUCGGCGAGCGGUGAUUGCGUCAUCGACGCGCGCGAGCGCCUCCUCCACCAACCUCGUGGGUCCACCGACACGUGGUCGAGCACUCGGCCGGCCUCGACUUCUGCUGCUGCUCCCUCGCUCGCUCGCUGCUGAUCUCUGCUGGAGCCGCCGAGUGGAGAUUUCGUCGCAGAGUCCGAGGAAACAUGCGUCCACUGACGGAGGAAGAGACGAAGUCUCUGUUCGAGAAGUUAUCCAAAUAUGUCGGGGACAAUGUGAAGAUGCUUCUGGACAGACCGGAUGGGUCGUACUGCUUUCGCUUGCAGAGGGAGCGCGUGUACUACAUGAGCGACAAGCUGCUGCGGAUGGCGACGAGCGUGGCGCGCGAGCACCUCGUGUGCGUAGGAACGUGCAUGGGGAAGUUCUCCAAGACGCGCAAGUUCCGCCUGCACGUGACGGCGCUCGAUUUCCUCGCGCCGUACGCCAAGUACAAAGUGUGGGUGAAGCCCGGCUCGGAGCAGUCGUUCCUCUACGGAAACCACGUCCUCAAGUCGGGGCUCGGCCGCAUCACGGAGAACACGCCGCAGUACCAGGGCGUCGUCGUCUAUUCCAUGGCCGACGUGCCUCUGGGUUUUGGCGUCGCCGCCAAGUCGACGCAGGAGUGCCGCCGCUGCGACCCGAUGUCCGUGACGGUGUUCCAGCAGGCCGACAUUGGGGAGUACAUCCGCUGUGAGGAUACGCUCACGUGAGCGUGCCAACAAACCAGAAUAACUCGAAUGUGGAGGAGAUUCCUACAACUCGGUGGAACGCAAUUGUUUUACAAACGCACGCACGAUGAAUAUUAAAAAAACGUUGGCGAUUUAAGUAAAAAAAAAAUCCAGAUUGCUGACGAAUCUGCACUGCCACCAUAUAUAUACUGGGGGUUUAAAAGAUUCACUCCCGAGGGAGGAAGAGCAUUCCUCAAGCGUUAAGGGAAGGUCACAAUCUGCAAUAGGCAAAUGCAUAUAUAUAUUUUUUUCUAUUUUCCGUUUUUAACCGUUUCUGCUAUACUUACAUUUGUGUAUAUUACCAUUUCAUUAAAUGCUAAUGCAACACUUCUACAAAUGCCUCCAAUCACGAAUACAGAGUGCCAAGUCCCAGUGAGGAUUGCCGACUGGUGCACAUUUUAAUCUACUGGACAUCUGUGAAAGAGCUUUAUAGCUCUACGGAUUCCUCCAGUAUAAAUACAUUCUUUGGAUUCGGAAAUUCCCACUGUGGGGAGAACACAGCUGGUAUAUUUGCAUUUCCAUAGGGUUGCUAAAUUGAAGCAACUCAACUACACUGAUCUAUGGCAUACAUUUGACCUUAAUUCACCAAAGCAAAACUUCAUUUUCCAUGAAAUAGCUCUCCCCCACUGUACAGUGUUUAAUAAAGUCGAGGCCCUGGACACGUGAACACA